ACAAAAUAUGGCACAUCGCAUGGGUCAGAAAGCUCGCUCCGCUCAAUUCGUAGACACAAGUGGGGCGACGUUCUCGUUCACGGAAGUUGCCCGCGUUUAUUUAUUUUCCAACUUGGCUAGAGAACGACUGCAAAAGGCUGUUUGUUAAAAUUGGCACUCGCUAUAUCUACAUGACUUUGAAGUUUGUUCCAGAUUCUCCUCUCCAUUUGUAUCCGAAUGAAGAUCCCUUCUAUUUCAGCAGCUUUCACAAGACAAUUCAGCCAGGACAAUGAAAGAGCUGAAUCCAUCAUACUAUGAAACAACUCGAGCAGCACAGGUGGCUCUACACUAUACGAACUACCAGCACGCCAGUCUUUUCAGCCAUUUUAGUUAUGGAACUGUUAAAAGUUGCAGCUUAGAGGAACUACCUGGAGUUGGAAACAAGUAUCACUUAGUAUUUACAGAAGACAAGACAUCAAGUGAGGAUGUCAUGGGAAUACACACUGCACAAAUACUCUUUAGCCACACAGAAACUCGGACGGCUCCACAGGUGAACUGCACAUACAAUGACACUGCUAAAGCGAACACCGCAGAUGAUGAACAUGCUUUUUAUGAGCGUAUGAGGAAGCAGGGAAAGCUCGUGGAUGGGAAAUAUAUUCCAGAUGGCCAUGGAAAUAUCCCUGCAGAAAUGAAACCCUUUUGGCUCCUUGGACGGAUUGCAUCAAGCUAUGUAAUGUGGCAGGAGUCCAGUGAAUCCACGCUUUAUAAUAUGGCCACGGUUCUUUCUUUUCAACAACUGAGACCAGAAGACGACUUUCUUGACUUUGAGUAUGUCGUCCUGCUGCACGAUAUGGUUUCCCAGGAGAUAACUCAGUGGAGCAUGCAUGUUCGCUGGAAUCCCACACAAGGAGUGAAGGUGCUGAACUAUGCUCGAGACCCCCGAAACAUUCCAUUUCCUGGAACUGCAAAGGCUACAAUGAGCCCAGCGAGUCUCAGCUAAUUGGCUUCACGACUUUCCGUGCGGCCUCAACUUAAAGAAACUGUAUGCAACUUUCUUUUUUUAAAUAACAAAAAAAUAAUGAAAGUACCAAUGCAUAAUAUUAUGUAGAUAGGAAGUGGGGAUAAUUUGUGGGUACAGUGGGUUCUAAUGAAUAACCCAGAGCUGGCAGGAGUGUGGUCACACCAUGCCUUCUGUCCUCACAGGUGGCGCAGUGGUAGUGCUGCUGCUUUGCAGUAAGGAGACUGUGGAAGAUUGUGGGUUCGCUUUAUAUAAAUGUAAUGAAUUAUUAUUAUUAUUAUUCUGCCCAGUUUUCUGGUGCCAAACUUUGGGGGUGUGCAAGAGAGUGCCCAGCAAGGAACUGGCAUCCCAGCCAGGGUCGGUCCCUGCCUUACACCCUGUGUGGCUUUGGGGCCCACAACCCUCAACUGGAAGAAGCAGGCCCAGUGAAUGGACCCAGUGCAUGUUUUCUCAAAUGUAGUAAAUCAUAAAGUGAACAUUGUUGAAUCGUUGAUUAUUUUGAAUAAAGUUUAAUGAAUGAGUCAUCAAAAAAAUGUCUAAGAGUACACUGUUAACUUGUGCUACGACAGACCGAUUCUUCACCAGUGAUUUCCAGUCAGACUUAAGUGAGUCUGGGACAGUGGCCUGCCUGUCACCACCGGACGUACAAGGUGACUUAAGCCAUGACAAAAUUAAAGGUGCAGGCUGCUGUGUGUGUGUGUGAGACUCUCGGAGUGUUCAGUGUGUCUUUCCUGUAUAGUUUGUUUCUAGCACACUCACCCUGGGGACAUUGUGAUCACAUAGCAUUUAAACAUUUUGGCGGCCGUAUUGCAAGUUAUAUGAGAAGUUCCAACUUAAUGAGAGGGUGUUUGCCAAAGACUUCCAAUCCUUUAACUAUACAAAGGUACCAGGUGUGUUAUGGAUUAUACUCGUGAUCUGUGUGCUGAC